GGGUUGCCAAGAGAUGCAUGUCCCUACGUGACAUCACGACGGGUGCAGGUCUGGCGCUGUGCCCAGUGUCGCAGAGAAAUCCGACACCGCCGAACGUGUCCCGGGCUUUAAGUCGCAGGGGGCAGGGGGAACCCAAAGUUAGCUAGACACACGAAACCAGCGCAGUGCUGCUGCUGCUGCAGCAGUCCGCCAAGUGGGUCCGCCGCACUGCACAGGGCCCUUGGGCAUCUUCGCCGUUCUUCAUCGCGUAAGAAGGAAGCCAAACCUUGCAACGCUCUUUUUGCGCGGCACGUAGCAAAUAGACGCGUUAAAGAUGUCGGACCAGAGCGCGUUCGACACCAAUGUGGAGACGCUCACCCGGUUUGUGCUGGAGGAGGGCCGCAAGGCGAAGGGGACCGGCGAGCUCAACCAGCUGCUCACCGCUCUGCUCACCUCCAUCAAGGCCAUCACCUCGGCCGUGCGCAAAGCCGGCCUCGCUCACCUGUACGGCAUCGCAGGCAACAUCAACGUCACCGGUGACGAGGUGAAGAAACUCGACGUUUUGUCCAACGACCUGGUCAUCAACAUGCUCAAGGCCUCCUUCUCCACGUGCGUGCUUGUCUCCGAGGAGAACGAGAAGGCCAUCAUCGUGGAGCCCGAGAAACAGGGCAAGUACGUCGUCUGCUUUGACCCCCUUGAUGGCUCCUCCAACAUCGACUGCCUUGAGUCCAUCGGGACCAUUUUCGCCAUCUACAAGAAGGUGUCGGAGGAGGGCGUCGCCGUCUCUGAGAAGGACGCCUUGCAGCCCGGCCGCAACAUCGUGGCGGCCGGGUACGCCCUGUACGGCAGCGCCACCCUUGUGGCCCUCACCACGGGCCAGGGACUCAACUUCUUCAUGCUCGAUCCGGCCAUCGGAGAAUUCAUUUUGGUGGAGAGAAACGUGAAGAUCAAGAAGAAAGGCAAAAUCUUCAGCCUCAACGAGGGCUACGCCAAGUACUUCGACCCAGCGUUGACCGAGUACAUUCAAAAGAAGAAAUUCCCGGAGGACGGCAGUGCCCCCUACGGCGCACGCUACGUGGGGUCCAUGGUGGCCGACGUUCACCGGACCAUCAAGUACGGCGGGAUCUUCAUGUACCCGGCAAACACCAAGAGCCCGAAGGGAAAGCUGCGUCUCCUGUACGAGUGCAACCCGAUGGCGUUCGUCAUCGAGCAGGCGGGAGGCAUCGCCACCACAGGCACUCAGCGCAUCUUGGACGUCCAGCCCGAGACCAUCCACCAGCGCGUGCCCUUUGUCGUGGGGUCACCGGACGACGUCAACGAGUACCUGGAGAUCGUGAAGAAGCACGUGGCAAAGAAAUAGGCGACGGGACCGUCGGUUAAACGAUUAGGCACGUGACGAUGCACAGACCCAUUACGAUUGUACCUUCCGCGCGCACGCGCGCGCGUGUGACGGACGGGCAGAAUGGUGCGAGCGAUUGUUCAUGUUUGGCGAAUUUUGGACCGCGACAUGGGCGCGCACGGCCUCCUCUUUUGAAUAAAAUUGGGAUCUUCAGCGUCCACUUGUGCACAACCACAAUUAAUAAACAAAAACUGAACACGCUCGUCAACAACGACGCCUUAAAAGGGAGAAAUAAAAGCAUUAAUAGGUAACGUUUCAGGCAAUGGCCCUUCUUCACGUGACGAAGUGGCAUUGCCUGAAAUGUUGACGAGUGUAAAGGAGGCAUUUCUUUAUUGUUAAUACUCCUGCAGCAUUACUCAGUUUAGCUCAAAUUUAAGACCUCUGAAACAAGCGGUAAACGCACUAUUGCUAGGCUACAUCACUGAGGUUACAUUUAGAGUAAUGGAGGAAAAAACUACGCUUAAGCCACGAAAAAAACACAGAAAUAAUGCAAACGAUAUAAAAAAAAUCAUUCUUCAAUUGAACUGUGACCCCCCCCCCCUUCCCACCAAAUCGUGAAAAUCCAUUGAAUCGCUGGAAAUGGAAGUGAAUCGUCACAUGCCUAUUAACGUAAAGUCACGAAACACGAUGAUCAAAAGCAUUCGAUUAAAACUGCCGAACCAAGGAUUUUUAUAACACAAUCGUUGCUGGAGUAAGACAAAACAUUCUGGCCACACUUCGUUCUCGUCAACUUCUCAAAAAUGCCGACAUAAUUUUGGACACAACUCCCAACACGCUGCUCACCCACAAGCAAACAUGUGCAUGGCUCACAAACACGCGUGACUGCACGUGUCACAAUGCAACAUUCCCCCAAAACCACCACCUCCUCCAACCACGUUUUCGCCCUCUCAAGUCAUGCACUGUUCAGUCACCACCGGCCAGUGAAGAGGAAAUGAGUCGGCAACGUUCUUUCGUCGUUGACGUGAGAAAAUUCCGUUAGCCCCCCACGUGACCAUUUUUAUUUCCACACUCAUGCAGCAAUGCAUCACCCCACUGUUAGCAGAGGAGGAGAUAUAGAACUUCUCUUGAUAUUCCCAAGUGACCUCUUAACCACACGAGGGCCGAUUGCAAUUAUCUAACCUGCUGUGGAGAAAUGUGUAGUUUCGUAGCAGUAAAACCAAUCCGUGUAUUCAGAGCUGAAACUUAGUUACAUUCAAGUAAAAAGCCAGUUUCACUGUGCUGUUAUUGGAGACCUGACUCGACACCUCCAGCUCGGUUUUUUUUAGUUCAGUUUAUUUAUUUUGGUAUAGCCCUCUGAGCCAUUCGGCUCUUGAAACAAAAACACGAACAAGAAAACAUCUUAAAGUGACUGUGUGACUGUGCAAACAGAAAAUCCAUGAAAAAAAACAGCAAAAUAUUCCUGAAAAAAGCACCGUACACCAACGCUGUGUGCAAAAAAUCGGUACACUUGAGAACCUGGAAUAUGGGUGGCUACCCCAAUACAAACCUAGGAUCAGGCAGUGGCGGAUCAGGCAUAUGCCCUCACCCUCCUUGAGACCCUGAAACAUUUUAUAUUAUUUUAGAGAAAAUGCAUUGAAUGUUUUUUUUAUUAAUCUAAGGCCCGAUUUAACCGUUUAACAUUUUAGGCCCACCCCGUGGUAAUUAAUAUGCCUCUGGGAUCAGGAUCCUCAUCAGAAGCAUCACAUAUACCUUAAAGCAUGGCACAAUUAUUCUAGCUAGUUUUUAAUCUUUAUCUCGUCAUAUAAUUCUUCGAGAUUUAAUCAUUCUUCAGUUAGUACUCACGUUCAUUAACGACACUGGUCUUAAAAUAAAAAAUAUAAUGAGCAACGUUUCGGGCAAUGGCCCUUCACAGCAGAGGCAGAGUGGACAAUGUGGAUUGGAGACUGUCCUUACCAUUGGACCUGUUAAGAUUGUUUUUCAAUAUUAUCCAAUUACCAGUUUUAUUUUAAUUGGAACAAGGUCACCAACAUAAUUGUAAUUUUAAAAGUGUAUUUAGAAACGUUUUUAUUGUGCAAGGGUUUGCAUGUUACCCAAUAGCUGCAAGUGUAACUAUUCAUAUGCCAAUUUAAAAACUAGUAAUCAGAAAUACAUUUUUGAAAGUUUAAUCCUCGUCAGGCCUCAUGGUGUAAAGUGCAGUCUCCAAUCCCUUAUUAUCCACUGUCUGGCCUCUUGGUGGCUGUGAAGGGCUAUUGCUAGAAACUGCACCUAUUAUGUACAGUAUUUUAUUUUUCGGCCACUUUUAUGGACGAAUGUAGAGUUAUAAAAUGUGCACCCCUGCCAAAGCAGCAUCACCAAAUUAAAUGUUCCAAUUUCAUGUGUUUUAAGAUUGAAGUGGCCCUCUGGGUUGCUUGUACCAUCACACAGCUCCACCGUGAUGCAUACAAUACAGACAACCAAUUGCUAGCGCUGCCAGUGCUCCCACAUACCACGAGGUUUAUCGUCUCACAGAUACAGGUAUUGUGCCAAGCGUACGAACACUGCCGUGAGAAACUGUGCAUGGAUUCAAGUGGGGUGUAAAGAUUAACAGACAUUACUGGCUCCGAUCCCAACACUUUCCUCAAAUCGGCACCCCUUUCCCCACUCACUGUUAAAACAAAACUAUAUAAUUACAAGAUCUACAAACUG